AUGGGUAUCAAGCUCAUUCUUGGCUCCCAAUGGGGUGAUGAAGGCAAAGGAAAACUUACCGAUAUCUUGGCCCCGGAGGCCCAGCUUUGCGCGCGCGCUGCUGGGGGUCAUAACGCAGGCCAUUCCUGUCUCGCCAAUGGCGUGUCUUAUAGCUUCCACCUGCUCCCUUCGGGUCUCAUCAACCCCAAAUGCAUGAACUUCAUCGGCACCAGUGUCGUCUUCCACGUCCCCUCCUUCUUCCAGGAGCUCGAGGAGUUGGAUGCCAAGGGUCUUCCCAACGUUUACGACCGUAUCCUUGUCUCGGACCGAGUGCACAUCGAUUUCGACCUCCACGCUGCUGUCGACGGACUCGAAGAGGUCGAACUUGGAGAGCGCAAGGUCGGAACAACAGGAAAGGGCAUUGGGCCUUCUUACAGCACAAAGGCUGCUCGAAGCGGUAUCCGACUGUCCGAGGUUUUUGACGAGGAGCUUUUCGAGUCCAAGCUCCGAAGGCUGGCCGCUGGCUACGCCAAGCGAUACGGUGACCUUCUCAAGUAUGACGUCGAGGAGGAGAUCGCCCGAUUCAAGGAGUAUCGCCCCAAGCUUGCCAAGUAUGCCGUUGACGCUGUGGCUUUUAUGAGUUCGGCGCAGGAGAGCAACACCAGCAUCCUCAUCGAAGGAGCGAACGCGCUCAUGCUCGAUCUCGACUGGGGCACUUUCCCCUACGUGACCAGCAGCUCUACCUGUUUGGGAGGCUGCAUUGCUGGACUUGCCCUUAACCCAACCAAGAUUGAAGAAGUCAUUGGUGUUGUCAAGGCAUACACAACCAGAGUUGGAUCCGGCCCUUUUCCCACUGAGGACCUGACUGAGGAGGUUGGUGUAAAGCUUCAGGAGGUCGGCCGUGAAUGGGGAACUACCACCGGCCGGAGACGUCGAUGCGGAUGGCUCGGUAUGUUGGCUACCUUGUUGUUGUCAAGUACAGCACAGUCCGUAAACACCUCCCGUAUCUGCAUGGAGCAUAUGAUUAAUGCUUAUCAGGCUAUCAACCACUACACGGCACUGAAUCUCACAAAGCUCGACAUCUUGGACGGCUUCGAAAAGAUCAAGAUCGCGAUCGCUUACAAGGACGAGAAUGGCGAGGAUGUCCCCUCUUUCCCGGCGGAUCUUAAGCAACUUGAGAACGUCAAGGUUGUCUACCAUGAGAUGGAUGGCUGGAUGAAGCCUACCACCGACGCCAAGAACUACUACGACUUGCCUAAGCAAGCGCGGGAGUACAUUGAAUUCAUCGAGAAAUUUGUCGGUGUCAAGGUCAAGUGGAUUGGAACCGGUCCCAGCCGUGACUCGAUGAUCAAGCGGUCUUAG